UGAUCACAAUGGUGAAAACAGUGUACUUGAUUGGUGAUGUAUUAAGUGAAUUUGGUGGAAAAAAAUUACCUUCAUUGAAAGAGAAGAUGUUGAAGAUAUGGAUGUUGAUGUAAGCGAUGAAAAUAAUAACUACAGUAAUAGUGAUAACAAUAAUGAAGAGAACAUUGAUAUCAAUUAUAAUAACAAUAAUGAUAGUGGUACAUUUGAUGUCGGAGAGUUCGGUAAUGACAAUGUUGACUAUUCUUGUACAGUUGAGACUGAUAAUGUUGUUAAUCAUGAAAUAUCAAUUCAAACAUCUAAGUUAUCCCAGAAAUAUUUGGAAAGUAAUACUUCUCGUAUAAUCUCUGAUUAUGAAGAUGAAAUUCCAAAACAACAAGUUCCUAAAAUUGAUCUAAUGACACCAGAACUUGCUGCGAAUUUGGAUAGAGCUAAUGUGAGUAGUAGGUUGGCAACUUACAUUUUUGCUACUUCAUUAUCUAGCCUAAAUAUUGAUUGUGCAAGCGUAAACUUCAGUCAUUUGACUAUUCACCGAGCACGGGAAAAAUUUCGCAAAGAAGCGACGUUAAAUCUGAAAACUAAUUUGGAAACUGAUAAUUAUGUGCUACAUUUUGAUGGAAAACUGUUGUCAGAUAUUACAGGUAUAGAACAAGUUGACCGGCUUCCUAUUAUUUUAUCAUCAUCAGGUAAAUUUCAACUGUUAGGAGUCCUCAAACUAGAAUCUGGAACUGGACAAAAUCAAGCUUCAGCUAUUAUUACAACAGUAAAAAAAUGGAAUAUUAAUACUGAUAACAUCAAAGCAUUGUGA